AUGCUUUCGGGCCUAGUAUCUGCUCUUCAGGACUUUCACACCUCGCGCAAUCUUUAUGAAAAGAAACAGAGAAGAAAGAGGCAAGAGCCAUUGAUGGUGCAAGCAAAUCCAGAUACUGUGAUUAAACCGCGGCGCUCCCGAAAGCCAGAGGAACAAGCACUUUUGCUGGAAUCUAGCAGUGCUUCCAGCAAUAGUUUGGGUAACUGUAAUCCAAACACAAUAGGUGAACCUCCUGGCGCUACUUAUAUUGUUUCCAGUGGUGGGUCAGAGAACUUCUCAAGGAACUUCAAGACUGAGACAGGACAAGGCAAUAAAGAAGCAGACUUAAUGGGAGUAUUUUCAGAUGAAGAAUUAGAGGAGAUCACACUUGAAGAUACUCAGCCUCUCACAAAGAGGAAAGAACUGGUCACAGCCAGACCAAGGCAGAAGGGAAAGACUAAGGCAGGAAAAUCUGAAGUUAAUGACACUAAAAUAAAGGGGGCUUCUGUAUCCCACAAAGUUCCAAAGAAUGCUAAAUCUUCAUUUGAAAAAGAUGCAGAGAAGGAGAAUACCCCGGAUGAAAAAGAAAUUGAUGACCCAGAUUCUUUUCAAGAUGAAGUCCAAGAAAUUAAGUCAGGCAAUGUUCUUAGACUUGAACCGUCAAGUGAAGAAUAUGAUGAUUCUUUAUCUAUAGGGGAUCGAAAAGUUCCUCCGGCACCUGUAAAAAAACGCAAUAAAAAGAAACCACCAAAGACAGCGAAAUCUGCAAGAAAAAGUCUAAGCAAUGAGGAAAUGAAUGCUGUAACAGACGAGGAUGAUUUUGAUGAAGAUUCUGAUAUACUGAGUAGUGUUGGUUAUGCAAGAACCCUGUCACCUUCCAGUAGGUACGAAGAUCCCCAGGUGCCAUUAUCUGUAGAAACUGAAGAUCUGGAAGGGUUUGCUUUACGCCCAGCUCCCCACAACAUGAUACUUCAGUGUCGCAUCACCAGAGAUAAAAAAGGCGUGGAUAAAGGCAUCUACCCCACCUACUAUUUACAUCUAGAGAGAGAUGAUGGAAAGAGGCUUUUCCUCAUGGCUGGUAGGAAGAGGAAGAAAAGCAAGACGUCCAACUAUCUUAUCUCAGUAGAUCCCACAAAUCUCUCACGAGGGGGAGAGAGUUUUGUAGGAAAAGUCAGGUCAAAUAUGCUGGGAACCCGAUUCGCUGUGUUUGAUAAUGGUGUGAAUCCAGUGACAAAGCCAUUUGUGCAGGAGAGGGAAUCCCUCAGACAAGAGCUGGCAGCCAUAUGUUAUGAAACGAAUGUUUUAGGAUUUAGGGGUCCUCGAAAAAUGACCAUUAUAAUUCCUGGGAUGAACAUGGAUAGUGAGCGAGUGACUAUUCGACCACGAAACGAACAUGAAACUUUGCUGGCUCGGUAUCAGAACGGUAACAUGGAGAACAUAAUUGUGCUGCAUAACAAAGCUCCGUCAUGGAAUGAUGAGACACAGUCAUUUGUGCUGAACUUUCAUGGACGCGUAACACAGGCAUCUGUCAAGAACUUUCAGAUCAUAUAUGCUGAUGACCCUGAGUACAUUGUCAUGCAGUUUGGACGUGUAGCUGAGGAUGUGUUUACCAUGGAUUUCCGAUACCCACUGUGUGCUCUGCAAGCCUUCUCUGUCUGUCUGUCCAGCUUUGAUAGCAAGCUAGCAUGUGAAUAAAUAUGAAUACAUGAAGUCAUUAUUGAUUUAUAAAGAAACAUAGCAAAUGCAUCA